UAAUCUCUACCAAGUAAGACUUCAUGAGUUGUGCAGAGUGGAUUGGGAAAGGGGAGAGGACAACAAAGUAUGGGAAUAAUCUGAUUAUGGUCUGAAGACCUUGAAAAUUUAUGAUUUUGUAAUGGGGACAGGGAAGAGGAAUGUUGGCUUUAUGAAAAAACCCAUGAGAGGUGAUGGCCAAUUCCUCUUGAACAACAAGAUUGUUAUUAUAAAUUAGUUCCUGGAAUUUUACUAACAGGCAUGAAUUCCUUGCUUGCCUAUGACAUCACGUGAGCUUGAAUUGAAAAGUAUCUAGGGAUCAUUUAAUCCAACCAAUUUAUUUUGUAUCUCAGCAAAGGAAGUUUGGGGCUGUGAAGUGACUUGCUGACAGAUAACACAAAUGAUUCCUGGUUGUCUUCCUGACGGUAAGUCUCUUAACAAUUAGUCCACAUCAUUCUACUCCCUAUAAUACCAGUGAGAAGAAUUCAGACCAUCUGCUUAUCUGAAGGAAGAAGAGAAAGACCAAUCGCAUCCCAUGUGGCUCUACGUGGCCUCCCUCAUUGGCCUUUACUAUCUCUUUCGCUGGUAUCGGGAGAAGCAGGUUGUAAGUAAUCUCGAGGACAAAUAUGUCUUCAUCACCGGCUGUGACUCUGGAUUUGGGAACCAGCUGGCCAAGCAGCUGGACCUUCGAGGUCUGAGGGUGCUGGCAGCCUGUCUGACAGAGAAAGGAGCUGAGCAGCUGAGGCAUCAGACUUCAGACAGAGUAAAGACAGUGAUCCUGGAUGUAACCAAGACGGAGAGCAUCACAGCAGCUGCCCAGUGGGUGAAGGAGUGUGUGGGAAAUAAAGGACUCUGGGGCCUUGUCAAUAAUGCAGGAAUUGUUCUCCCACAUAUUUGCACUGAGAUGAUGACCAAGGAGAUCCUCACAAAGACAUUGAAUGUCAACCUGAUUGGAUUAAUUGAGGUGACACUAAACAUGUUACCAAUGAUAAGACAAGCCAGGGGGAGGAUUGUCAAUGUCUGUAGCAUCUUGGGGAGAAUGGCAGCCUUUUCAACGGCCUACUGCUCUUCCAAGUUUGGAGUGGAAGCUUUUUCGGACUGUCUGAGGCUUGAGAUGCAAUAUUUUGGAGUGAAAGUCUGCAUCAUUGAGCCUGGCUAUUUCAAAACAAACUUAACAAAUGAGGAGACGUUUGUUGAGAAUUUUAAAAAGUCGUGGAAUGACUGCUCAGUGGAGAUUAAAGAAAGCUAUGGACAAGAAUUCUUUGAGAAAACUCUCAACUUUAUCAAAGUAAUAAUGAAGCGUUGCUGCAGGAAUUUGAACCUGGUAACUGACUGUAUGGAACAUGCUCUGACAUGCUCUUACCCCCGAUAUCGCUAUUCAGCCGGCUGGGAUGCUCAAUUCUUAUAUAUUCCUAUGUCAUAUUUGCCUACAAGACUGUUAGAUUAUUUGUUGUCUAAAAAUUUACAGAAACCUGCACAUGCUAUCUAAAAGUAUAUUGGAAAGCUGACUUGUGAAGGAAUUGGACAUCAUGAAAUUUGAUAAUGAUAUUUCUGUAGCUUUUUAAAAGAAAUGUAUUCUUUUUAAGGUUUCUAUUCCUUUGUGAAGGAGCUCCUAAAUGCCUCAUUAAUUUGAAAUCACCAGGGAAUGAAGCAUUCCACAUGAAUAAAAUUUCCAGAAAACUGAAACUUUCCCUUUUAUGCACCAAAACAACAAAAUGAUUUAAAAAUCAAAAUCUUCCCAAAAUGUAGGAAAUAUUUAUCUGCUUCAGAAGAAAGCUGAGUCAGGCAGGUCCACAUUCCCAUCUAGCCUCAUACACUUACAAGCUGUGUCAAUCCAGGCAAGUCACAACCUCUGUCUGCCUCAGUUUUCUCAUCUCUAAAAGGGGGAUAAUAAUAGUACCUAUCUCCCAGGGCUUUUGUGAAGCUCAAACUAGAGAAUAUUUGUAAAUACUUUGUAAACCUUAAAGUGCUUUAUUAUGAUGUCUGGGCUAGCUCUCUGGAAGGCCUCAGGAUCAGAGUCAGGAUCAGUCAAAGUCCUUGGUCUUUAAGAGGAAAAGUGAAGGAGGCAGGGAAACUGCUACAUGGCUCAUUAAAGAUGGAUCCUGGACUCUGGAGCCUGAAAUCUUCCCUCCUAUAUGUGCUGCUGCAGAGAGACUCUGACCCUCUCUCUCAGCCCUCUAACCCUUGCCUACAAUUACCUCACCACAACACAUUCAGCAAACGACAAUCAUCAUAUCACCAUAUCAUCUAAGUAUAUAUUUAUAGAACCAUUAUCUCACAUUGAG